AUGGUAUCACCUGUAGAGGAAGAUAAGGAAAGAAGGAUGAUUGCGAUGACGGAUGAAUAUAAUAAAGACUAUGAAACAUCUGAAGAAUCGUCAGUGUCCACUGCGGGAUUAGCAUCACCUAAAAAGGAGAAGGAAAAAAGGAUUAUGGACGAACGCAAGAAAGACUAUGAAACAUCUGAAGAAUCGUCAGUGUCCACUGCGAGAAUAGCAUCACCUAAAAAGGAGAAGGAAAAAAGGAUGAUGGACGAAUGCAAGAAAGACUAUGAAACGUUCCAAAAAUCAUCACCAGCCAUCACGGGAACAUUAUCAUCUGAAAGAGAGGAGGAGAGAAAAAGGAUGAAAGAAUAUGAUAAAGAUUACGAAACUUCUGGGAAGGAUGUCGCAUCUCUGUCAGCAUCAUCAAAAAGUUCAGCAAAAUUUUUGUUGGAGACAAUUCAAAGAAACUACAGACUUGCUGAACGAACAACAUUUUUAACUAUCUAUGAAAUUGAAGAUUAUGAUGAAAAUGAUGGAAGAGGGAGUCAGAAAGAUAAUCAAAAGGUUGCUAGCAAUAAUAGCGAUGAUAACGAUGAUGAAUGUGUGUACUUCUCGAUUCGAGCUACAAAAGAAAUAGAUAACAAUCAAAAUUCUGACGAUGAAAGUGUUUAUUUCACUGUAGCUUCGGUGAGAGGAAGUGAUCGAACUAUUACAAAUAUUCAUUAG